CCCUACUACGUGCACCUCCUGGAGCUCUUCCUGCAGACUGCCUACCAGACCGAGCUCGGCCAGACGCUGGACCUCAUCACUGCUCCCGUCUCCCGGGUGGACUUGAAUCGCUUCAGCGAGCAGAGGUAUAAGGCGAUUGUGAAGUACAAGACAGCGUUUUACUCCUUCUACCUGCCUGUGGCUGCUGCCCCGCACCCGACGCGUGCUGGUAUUGACAGCAAGGAGGAGCAUGACAAUGCCAAAGCCAUCUUGCUGGAGAUGGGUGAAUUCUUUCAGAUCCAGGAUGAUUACCUAGACUGUUACGGAGACCCGGCGCUGACAGGGAAGGUUGGCACUGAUAUCCAGGACAAUAAGUGCAGCUGGCUGGUGGUGCAGUGCCUGAAUCGGGUCACACCAGAGCAAAGGCAGAUCCUGGAGGAGAACUAUGGCUGUAAGGAACCCGAGAAGGUGGCAAAGGUGAAGGAGCUCUAUGACACUCUGGGCAUGAGGGCUGCUUUCCAAGAGUACGAGGAGAGCAGCUACCAGCGCCUGCAGGAGCUGAUCAGGACCCCCAGCCACCACCUGCCCAAGGAGAUCUUCCUUGGCCUAGCUCAGAAGAUCUACAAGCGGCAGAAGUGA